AUGACCGUGCAGGAGGUUGUCUCCUCCGAGGGGCGCCUAGUGGACCUCAGCUGCGGCAUGGUGGGCCCAGUGUUUCCUGCAGCAGAGGUCAAGUUGCGUUCGGUGCCCGACAUGGGCUCCUUCGUGACGAACAACCCUCCGGCGGGAGAACUAUUGCUUUCUGGUCAUAACGUUAGUCAGCUGGGAUAUUACAAGAUGAAAGAAAAGACUGACGAAGAUUAUCCCAUCCAUUUGAACGGGCAGAGGUGGCUCCACUCUGGAGACAUCAGCUGCUUGAUGGGAAUGGUACGUUCAAGAUCAUUGGCCCUAAAAAAGACUUAG